AUGUUUCGAAUGUUUCUGCUGGGUAUAUCCAUAAUACUCCUCCUGGACUCAGGUGAAAGAGUGCUGACAAUCCAAUUGAUCAGACGUUGCAACCUAUGUGAACACUUUGACGGAUUCAAAUGCCUCAGUGGCAUGAAAAGUUGCUGGAAGUUUGACGUGUUUCCAGUUAACAGGAGUUGUACCACAGAAAACUUUUAUUUUAAUAACCGUUUGACAGGGCUAUACCUCUUUCGAUAUUCAAAACUGUCCUGUAAACCUUGUGGACAAGGAAUGUUUCAGGUAUUCCAUGACCUUCUGAGAGAUACCUUUUGCUGUAACCACAAGAACUUCUGUAAUGACGGCCUAGCUACCUUAGAGACCUCGUCGUUAUACUUUGAGGAUAUAAAGGAGAGGAAAGAGUUGAAUGAUGACUGA